UUCUUUUGUUUCUUUUUAUCAGAAUCGAACGCGUAUAUUGGUCUUUAUAUCAUCAGGAUAUUAUAUAUGGUUUUAUGUAGUAAUGGUAGUAAUGGGAAGGAAGGAAAAAGGUAACUAUUGUCAUCGACAGAAAGAUAUUGCAAAGUUUCAAAUAGAUAAUAAAAAGGACAUAUUUGAUAAUGUCAACUUAAUGAGGGAAGAAUCUAAAUCUAAUUUACAAGAUAAAUAUAAAGAAAUCUUGGGUUCAAGAAAACCAAUUGUUAUUCUAAAUGACUGUUUAAGAACAAUGUGUAAAAUUAUAAGUACAAAUUUAAAGAAUAACACUAAGAAAAAUACCAUGAAGAAGAAUUUAACAAAAUCUACAAUACAUAAAAAAAGAAAACCUGAACAAAAAUUGCCACUGAAUGAUGAUAUACAAGCAUCUAAAUUUAAUCCUAAAUUAAAGAAAAGAAAAUCUAAAAAAUUGAUUUUAAGUACCAAAGCACUUAGUCCUGAUUCAUGGCAAAUAAAAAAUGAUGUAGAUCUUAAAGCUAAAGCAUUGAAAGAUAGCAAAAAUUUAAAAGUUUGUUUGGAGAAAAUUACAUAUCUUGAUAAAAACUUGUAUGAUAUAGGAAAAACUGAUAAACCAAAAAUGGGUAAAAAAAAUUAUGUUAAAAAGCGGGUUAAAAAUACACAGGUUGAAGAAAAACAUAAGAGAACUAUAAAGGACAAAGUUAAGAAGAAGCAAAAACGAAGUACUUCUACAAAUUUUAAUGUGACUAAAGAUAAAAAAUCAUAUAGUUCAGGUAUUGAUUGUGACAGCUUUUCACACAGUGCUAUAGACUUUUCAAAUGCAAUUUUUCCUACAAAUUACGCAGUGAAUAUGGAAACACCAAGCACUAUUAACAAUCAACUUGUAAAAGAAACAAAUGAUUGUUGCAUGAGCACUGGAGAAGGAGAAAGAAAUGUUCAAAAUCUUGUGUGUGAAAGUCUUGAUGAAAAUGUUAAAACAAGAAAUCUACCAAUUGUUAUUAGAGAAGAUAUAUUACAUAAGCAUUCCAUUUUACUCAAUGUGAAAGCAUCAGAAGCAAGCGAGAAUAAUAAUGAGAGUUUAAUAUUCUAUAACAAUAACAAUAUAAGUAAUGGAAUAAUUUUUCGUGAGUUUGACUUUUCUCAAACUGUUUCGAGAAAGAAUUCUCAGAAUGUUAUACAUGUCAAUGAAUGUCUUGAGAUUAAUGAGAAGGGAAAUUCAGAUCUUAAAACUAAUAAUGUUAUAUCAAAAAUGCAGGUAAAAAAUAUAGAUUUUGAUAAAAAUACCAAUUACGGACAUGGAAUAAAUGCACCUAAUAAUGAACAUUAUAGUACUUUAGGAAACAAUGUAAAAAAUUUUUCCUGUAAUAUACAAAAUAAAAAUAGUAAUUUAGAGUGGAAGGAUGAACUUGACAAAGAAAACAACAAAAAUACUUUAUCAUCUACACAGUCUUUUCUUUCUGAAGAUCACGUUUCAUAUAAUGCUGUUAAUGCUAUUAAUAAUUCAAAAAAAGAGUAUCUGACUGUGGAAAAAUCUUUGAACGCAUUUAAUAAUAAUUCGGCGUCGAGAUAUGUACAAGACCGCGUAUCUAUAGAUACCCAAAAUGUCACAGAAGACGCUAAAAAUAUUAGUCAAGACAUUGAUAAUGAUCAGGCAGCAAAAAGAAUAAAAUUAGAUCGUAAUCACUGGUGUAAAAGUGUUACAAAUGCAUGUAAAAUGAAGGAAAAUGUUGAUAGUUCUAACAAUAUUGUAUUAGGUAAAGGAGAUGCAAUGAAAAAAUAUGAUGAACCAAAAUCAAAAAUCGAUGAAAUUAUUUCGGAUCUAAUAAAACAAAAUGAAACGAAAAAUGUUAAGGAUAUUGAUGUUCAAGACAAUAAUUCAUUAAAUAUAAACAAAUCCGAGGAGGUAGUAUCAAAUAUUUAUGACUCAUCUAUGGAGACUAAGUGUUCAAUAUCAGGCUCAGUACAUAACUCUGAUGAUGGAAGUGACUAUAUUUCUUUAUUUGCAGAUUCAGCAAUCAUAGAUGAGUAUGAUACUGUAGUGAAGUCUGAUUCAUGUGAAAAGAUAUAUCAUAUGACUGAUACUUCAUUUGAUAAUUAUUACAAGAAAAACAAAAUUGAAUUCAAUCAAAUAUAUGAAAAUAAUGACGUAAUUAAUAUUUCGAAAAAAACAAACUGCCUAUCAGCAAUAACAGUAACAAGUACAAGGACAUAUGCGAUGGUGCAUCAAAGUCCUUUACUCAUGUCUGCAUUUCGAGGUCACUGUUAUAAAUUUAUAAGUAGUGGUGAAUGUUUAAGGAAUAACUGCACUUUUAAACACAAUUUUCUAUUGACUAUGGAUUUAUUAUAUCGUAAUGACGAACAAUAUUUCUUUGAGGUGUUAAAAGAGUUGGCAUUAAAAAAUUUUAUAAUUUUUAUUGAAAAAGUUGUUUUGGAAAUAAUGCUUUAUGCCAGUAGGAACAUUGUUUAUAUAUUAAAAAUACUAAAAAAGUUAUAUGAAUUAAAAAGUAUAACUAACAAAAUGAUAAUUGGUAUUAUUCAGUGGUUAAAAACAAAUAGUAAAACUUUAAAAGUAGUUAGCAAUACAUUAGAGACUAUUGUGAACAAAUAUGAUUUUAAUUUCGUGAAUUGGAUGUUGGGUGUUUUACAAAGGGCUACAGAAUGUGGUGCAUAUUGGGAUACCUUUAGAAAUUUAUUAAUACAAACAAAAUAUUUAGAGCCACAGAUUAUAGAAAAAGUUCUACGAGAAUGUAUUAUUACAAAAAAACACCUUCAGGAUAUAAAUAUUAAUAUUAUACAAAAACUUAACACGAACAGUUGUUCCGAAAUAAAUAAGGAUUUAUUAUUAACUUUUGACAAUCUAAUUAAAUCUGAAAAUAAUUCAGAGGUAAAACAAGAUGCAUUAACAGAAUCAAUCAGUAGUAUUAAUUCAGCUACUAAUACAAAUUCUAAAACAUUUCACCAAAAUAAUAAUUCUGACAAAACGGAUACCGAAAAUGGUAAUAACACAGAUACACAUAAUGAAAAUUCUGGUUAUAGAUUGCACCCAAUAGAUAAUUUAGCAAGACCAUAUUCUGUACACGGGAGAAAAAAGUUUUGGAAGUUUUAUAUCGAUGUUUAUAGUCUUCAACAAGGACUUGAGAAUAAUGAUUACGAUCACGUCAUGAAAAUUCUUAAUUCAGUUAAGGAAACUGAACAGUCAGUUUUUACUUGUGCAUGUUACCAAAUUUUGUGCAAUGAAAUAAUGCAUUCUCAAUAUCAUCUGAGUAAACUUAUUGUAGAAGCAGUCCGAAUUGGAUCAACAGGAGUACUGUAUCAAAUGUUACUUGACAUUGCUAUUUGUAUUUUGGCCUAUCUGGCUGAGAACAGUUUGUGGGUGCUAGCACAUACAUUGCUCAAAGAUGUAUAUAUUAUGUUAAAAAGCAAUAUUAAUUUAUAUCAAUUUAACGCGGCAACUAUUAUGCUAUUUGCAGAGAUUUACUUAGCAAAUCAACAACCUGUAGAAGCUUUAACUUUAUUUAAACAGUGUAAUAUUAUUUUUACUAAUCGAUCUAAAUGGAAGGUACAAAGUACGAGAAAGGAUGAUUAUACAAGAUCUCAAAUUAUAACGCUUUUAUUAGACGCACUUUGCACAAUGUUUCCAGAACAUGCAUUUUUUUUAUUUCAAUUUUUGAUUGCGGAUCAGUAUAGUAACUUUUAUCCAAUAGAUCUUACUGAUUGUGCAAACAAAAUAGUGUCAGUACUUUUAUCAAAAGAAAAUCAUGAGCUGAUUAUAGAAGUCGGAAGAUUAAUUGAUAGCUAUUAUUUUACACUAGAUGCAAUUACAUACCGUGCACUGAUCGCUACAUUAGUUCACAGUGAUAUGUUUUUGGCGAAACAAUUAUAUCAAAAUGCAGUUGCUUUGGGAAUAUACUCUAAGCCACAGUUUCAUCCAGUAAUACAUCUUAUUAUAAAUUCUGACUGGACAAGAGAAGAAAUGUUUCUUGCAAUUACUGACUUAAUGAAACAACUUUUAUCCAAUAUUGGGCACGCAAUUGAUCGAAUUUCUCCAAGACAACUAAGUGUGUAUCUUAUUUUUGAAAAUAUUUCAUUAGAAAAACAAGUUAAUUACGAUACGGAAACGAGUCACUAUUAUAAUGAAAAAAUUAGAAGAAGUAAAAUAUUAAUGAGAAAUCUAUUGAAAGAAAAAUUUGAUCCACCUAUUACCGUAUCACAUUGCACUACAGGUAAGAUAUGCAAAUUAAUUAAUAAGAGCGUCCUGGCGUAUUUGCAAUCGGAACACUAUGAAUAAUUUGCCAAUGUAUCUUUGUUUAUUAAGUAUAAUCACGUGUUUAAGUAGGAUAUUUAACAUAAUCAAGGCUAAUUAAAGUAUCUUAAUUGUAAUAGUUUAUCGAGUUUUGUAUAAAAAGAUAAAAUUUUAUGUUUUGAAAUUUGUAGUGUAUAAUGCAUCUACAUACUCUGAUCAUUGUUUAAUUCUGAAGUAUAAUUUUAAUUUUUCAAUUCUAAAUACAGUAAUUGACAGAUACAAUUAUAUUUACAUUGUACACCGUUUAUUAUAAAUUAUAAAACGUAACUCAUAAUUUUGAGUUGAAUGUUUUGUGAAAAAUUAAAAUAUAUUAUAAGAAAACUAUAAAACUUACUAUUAUUAUUAUUAC